AUGGGCCAAGGUACAUCUUUUGAAAAUCUGGAGGAUAUGAGGGUGCUUAACGUCUUUGAAAUGGAGGCACUCAUAAAAAGCAAAAAAGAAGGAAAAAACAGUGAUGUUUUUCUUGUUGAUGUGCGGGAUAAGUUUGAAGUGGAGGAGUAUGGUUCUAUCCCGUACUCUAUUCACAUCCCGUCACAAGAAAUUCGUCACGCAUUUCGAAUGAGUGAAAGUGAGUUUAGAGGAAAGUACAACUCACGCAUGCCACGCAAAUUUGAUAAAAUUGUUUUCUAUGACCAACGAAACGGCCGAUCUUCAAUAGCCGUGGAAGUUGUAAAUGCGAUUGGUUUCAAGAAAGCAACCUACUUCGCCGGUGGGUAUACCGAAUGGAUUGAUAAGAAGAAGAAUGCCGUUGAUGAGGAUCUCUAA